AUGUUGCGUAGACCGCCUACUGUUAUUCGUCUUGUUCAGGAAGAUAUUUUUGAAUAUGAUGAUAUUCGAGCACAAGAAAAAGCAGCUUCACAUGCAGGAAAAUCUAUUGCUUUGAGAGACAAAGAUAUGGAUACUAUGCAUAUUAUGACAGAGGGUUUUAUACUUCAAGAUCGUAGAAAAGAUGUUACCAAAAAUGAAAGAAUCGGAUUAUCUAUGUCACGGAUACAAGAAACUCGGUUGUAG